AUGCGCAAUGAAGCACGACCAUACCAAACCGCACAAUAUACUUCUCGGGUGAUGUCUGAUAACAGGAACAAUCAGAAUGACCCCGAGGCAGCUGAUGCAGGUCGUCCUGAUGAACUGACGUAUCAUGCACAGUCUCGAGCUGCUGCAGGAAAUGCCUUCACACAGGGCGGUGGUGAAGCAUCUCCAAGGAACUCGAAUCUUGAAUCACAGUCUAAUGCACGACUAACACAGCCGUCUCAACAGGUACAGACUCAGCUAGCAGGAAAAGCAAGAGUGCAGAAUGUGGUCGCUCAGCCAUCGGGGGUGUCGUUGCAAGCGCGAGAUCGAGGCUACUCGCUGAGAAGAGCCUUGUUCGCCCAUAACAUCCAGAAGCAGAACGACGAACGCGGAAGUGUGCUGGAACUAACAUCGUCCUCUUCAAGUCAGCAAUACCCCCCGAGGGAAGAUAAAAGUUCAAAGGGUCCCGCCGUCAUAACCAUCGAAGAUGGAGACGGACGUGGCUCCGGGGCAUCUCCCAGGACGGGCGUACUCCCCACCAUUGAGACGAGGGACCGCUCGAGAUGGCCGGCCAGACAAGGACAACACACGGCUGGCUUGCACAUCGCGUUCAACGCUAUAAAAGAAUGGUUGGGCGGCAAGUUCGGCCCUAUUCAACUACCCCCUACGGUGGACGGCAGACAUGUGCAGGUCAAUACACAUAGCAAAGCCGGCCCGACUGACGAACGGACUGGCAAGCCGCACAUCAACAACAGGAUUCGGUCCUGUAAAUACACAAUCUGGAAUUUCUUUCCUAAGCAACUAGUUGCGCAAUUUGGCAAGCUUGCUAACUUCUACUUUCUUAUCAUAUCUAUCUUGCAGUUGAUACCGGGCCUUUCAACCACGGGUUCUUUCACUACUUUGCUGCCGUUGCUGAUAUUCGUCGGCAUUUCCAUGGCUAAGGAGGGGUAUGAGGAUGUGCGCAGGAACAAAUUCGACAAGGAGGAAAAUGAGCGGCUGGUUCUUGUAUUGAACGAGUCCUGCAGGAGCAACUUAAAGACGACUGGCAUCCAAGAUGAUAGUUCGAAUACGUCCUCUCAUACCUCGACCAGAAAAAGCGACCUUUCCGGAGGACGCCUGGACGUCACUGAACCUAAACACCUGUUGUCAUCGCCGCACGCCUCUGCCUGGACCAAGAUCAAGUGGCAAGAUCUCAAUGUUGGCGACGUUGUCUUGCUGAAACGUGACGAUCCAGUGCCAGCAGACAUUGUUCUGUUGCAAACAGCCGGAACGGAAGGAACAGCACUCAUUGAGACCAAAAGUUUAGACGGUGAAACUAGCCUCAAAACUAGAAAGCCUUUGGAAAUAGUUUCCCAAAAUUGUAUCGGGGAGGAUGCCAUUGUUCGCUUGGAGGCCGAUUUUGUCGUGGAAGAUCCUAAUCUCGACCUUUACAAGUUCGACGGCCGAGUCUCCGCAGCAGGCCAGAACUUUCCGCUUACCUCGAAUGAGGUGGUGUAUCGCGGAUCUACCAUUCGAAACACCCCAUCAGCUAUAGGUUUGAUCGUAUACUCGGGCGAGGAAUGCAAAAUCAGGAUGAAUGCGAACAAGAAUCCUCGUGUCAAAGCUCCAACCCUCCAGGCGAAAGUGAACAGAGUCGUCAUCAUUGUUGCCAGUUUAGUGCUCUUCAUUGCCAUUAUCCUCACCAUAGGCUAUGUAUUCUGGAAGCGGACCACCGAAAACAAGAGCUGGUAUCUACAGGAGGCAGACGUGCCCUUUGCGCACAUACUAGUUGGAUUUAUCAUAAUGCUCAAUACUAUGUUGCCGUUGUCGUUAUACGUCUCCCUGGAAAUUGUCAAGGUGGCCCAGAUGUUUAUGAUGAACGAUUCCGACAUGUAUGACUCAACAACGGAUAUUCCUAUGGAACCAAAGACUUCGACCCUGAAUGAAGAGCUUGGUCAAGUUAGCUAUAUUUUCUCAGAUAAAACAGGUACUUUGACCAACAACUCAAUGAAAUUCAGAAAGAUGAGUAUCGCCGGCACUGCCUGGUUGCAUGAUCAUGACCUUCGAAAGGAUAUCAAGUCUGCUUCCGCAGAUCUCAAAGGUCAAAAAGCGAGCAAAGAUAAGGAGAAGAGUUAUGUGAAAGGAAUUCAUCAAGGUGAUUCGAUGUCAGAGCAGGGUGCACACCAGCAAAAUCUAGCAGCUCGAUCCCUAAGGAAAGAAGAGUACACAUCGACUGGCAAAACUGAUGACCUGCUGUGCCAUAUCUGGCAACACCCUCAGAGCCCUUUCGCUCGCAAAGCGCGCUUCUUUAUCCUGGCUUUGGCGUUGUGCCACACAGCUAUUCCGGAGAAGACAACAGAGGGUGAAAUCAUUUAUCAAGCAGCUAGUCCAGAUGAAGUAGCUCUUGUAACUGCAGCGCAGGACCUUGGCUUUAUAGUUACGGAUCGUCAAUCAGGCACUAUCAGUGUCAGAAUACUUGCACAGGAAGACGAGGAGGACGCCCUUGCUGAAACCUACCAGGUCCUAGAUGUGAUUGAGUUUUCCAGUAUACGGAAGAGGAUGUCCAUACUGGUUAGGUUUCCAGAUGAUAGAAUUUGCCUUUUCUGCAAAGGUGCUGAUACUGUGGUUAGGCAACUCCUGGCCAAAGCCGACCUCGCCGCCAAGUAUGUCGAGGAUGUGCGACGAAGGACUGAUGCGAGGAAAAGCCUGGAAGCGCAAAUUGCGGUGCAACGUCGCAGUACUCAAAUGAGCAGGAAGUCGCUCUCGAGGGGUAUUCAUCCUUCACUAAUUGGUCGGCAAAGUAGUGUUUCGCUGGGGCGAAGACAUUCUGUACGAGACAGUGUCGAUAUGUGGUUGAAGGAUAGGGAAGGAGAAGCUGCACCGCCACGAAAGAGUGGCAUUCACUACACACCUCGACCAUCUCAAAGUGCCCCGGCACAUGAGGCUACGCGGGGUACGCCCACCCAAAGCUCGUUCUCUGACGAUGAGCUAGACAGUCUUGUUGAGAACCUCAAUGACGAUGAUGUGUUUCAGCGAUGCUUCAAUCACAUCGACGACUUCGCAACGGAAGGUCUUCGAACUUUGGUUUAUGGACAUAGAUUUGUACCUGAAGACGAAUACUGCGAAUGGAAAGAGCUGUAUCACGCUGCAUCUACGAGUCUGACUGACCGCCAAUUGAAGAUUGAACAAGUGGCUGAGAGUAUCGAGCGACAGCUUGAACUGACAGGCGCCACAGCCAUCGAGGACAAGUUACAGGAUGGUGUUCCUGAUGCCAUCGAACGUUUUCGGAGAGCGGGCAUCAGGAUAUGGAUGCUGACUGGAGACAAACGGGAGACUGCUAUCAAUAUUGGUCAUUCAUGUCGGCUUAUCAAGGAUUAUUCGACAGUUAUGGUCAUAGACCAAGAAGCAUCAGAUCUAGCUUCUUGUCUGACUCAAUUCGUAUCUGAUGUGCAGAGAGGCCAUCUGGCACACACUGUUUGUGUCGUCGAUGGACAAACACUUACAGCCAUAUCGUCAGAUUUUGCGCUCAAAACAUUGUUCACUGACUUGGUAAUCAUGGCCGACUCGGUUAUUUGCUGCAGGGCGUCUCCGGCGCAAAAGGCCGACCUGGUCAAAACAAUCAGAACUAGAGUGAAAGGCUCUGUGACGCUGGCCAUCGGCGACGGUGCCAAUGAUGUCGCCAUGCUACGCGAGGCACAUCUUGGCAUAGGCAUCGCUGGAAAGGAAGGCCUUCAAGCAGCGAGGAUGUCUGACUACUCGAUCGGUCAAUUUCGGUUCCUACUUAAGCUUUUGCUCGUUCAUGGUCGCUGGAACUAUAUCAGAGUAUGCAAGUACACCCUAGGCACGUUCUGGAAAGAGAUGAUUUUCUAUCUUGUUCAGGCGACUUAUCAAAGAUGGAAUGGCUUUACUGGAACCAGUCUGUAUGAACCUUGGAGCUUGAGCAUGUUUAACACCCUAUUUACGAGUCUGCCUGUGAUCUUUAUGGGCGUCUUUGAGAAAGAUCUAGCGCCAUCUACCCUCCUGGCUGUACCGGAACUGUACAAAAUCGGGCAGCAGAAUCGAGGUUUCAACAUACCACUAUACUUCUGGUGGGCCUCGCUUGGUGCCGUGGAGGCGAUGAUCGUCUAUUUCACCAUGUUUAGUAUCUACGGUGAGGCACUUUUUACGAGGGAUAAUCAGCUCUUUGCUAUGGGAGCUUUGGCUUUCUCAGCCUGCGUGACAUUGAUCUCACUCAAGCUUCAAUUCUUCGAGCUGCACAACAAGAGCGUCAUGGCCGCGAUUGCGAUCUUCCUGUCGCUUGGAGGGUGGUGGUUAUGGAAUCUGAUACUCUCAGAAGUCUACGACCCUGACAACCGGCUCUACAACGUUAACGGCGGCCUCGUUCACUCUUUCGGGACGAAUGUCUUGUGGUGGAUGACGCUCAUUCUUAUUGUUCUCGAAGUGAGCAUUCUUGAGAUACUGAUCAAAGUUGUCAAGACCAUAUAUUCUCCAAACGACGUCGAAGUUUUUCAAGUCUAUGAACGUGAUCCGGAAAUUCGGAAGCGCUUCGAGGAGAGCAGUGCAGGACUGUUACAGCAAAGCUUGCCAGGAAAGACGAAAGAAUCGAGCCUAGGUAUUGCAAGAGAGGAAGAAGAACAAACAAAACGCGAAGCUGAAGUGCAAGAUAUCUUGGACAAUCGCUUUCGGGCCAUGGAGUCUACUACUGUAGGUGAUGUGAUGCCUCCUUUUGGUGGAAUGCGUAAGAGAAACUCGUGGGCCCCCACGUGA